CAUAUACUUCCGGGACACGUCAACAGAGCCGCUGGUUGGACGUCACGUUAGCAACAGCAUCAGCAGCUGUGGUGCAGCGACAGUUUUAGUACAAACAUGGAGACUUUAUACAGUUUGCCGUUCUCUGUGCUCGAGUGUCCCAACGUUAAACUGAAGAAACCAUCGUGGCUGCACAUGCCGUCAGCCAUGACCGUGUACGCGAUCGUUAUCGUGUCCUACUUUCUCAUCACAGGAGGUAUCAUCUACGAUGUUAUUGUUGAGCCGCCCAGUGUGGGUUCAAUGACGGACGAGCAUGGACACCAGCGACCAGUUGCCUUUUUGGCAUACAGGGUAAAUGGCCAGUAUAUUAUGGAGGGACUGGCCUCCAGCUUCCUCUUCACGAUGGGAGGGCUGGGCUUCAUAAUCCUGGACCGCUCCAAUGCGCCCAACAUUCCCAAACUCAACCGCUUCCUGUUGCUCUUCAUUGGCUUUGUCAGUGUCCUCCUCAGCUUCUUCAUGGCCAGAGUUUUCAUGCGCAUGAAGUUGCCAGGAUACCUCAUGGGCUAAAGACACACACACACCACACUUCAACAAAGAAUUCGGAUUGGACGGAUGACAUUCGACAUUUGGGGGCUCAACAGAGAUUCAGCUAAAAUUAUAGAUAAACUCAACCUGACUGAAAGCACUGACCUUGCUGAAGAAAUUCCUCCCAGCUGCACUGACUCACGCUGGCUAUGUCUCGUUAGUGUGCAGUGACUUCCUCCUCUUUUCUCAACAAGUUAAUGCAACAGAUUCAUAGCAGACCUCUUCCUGUAUUGUUAGAUCUAACAUGAAUGCACACCUAUUUUACCACAUGGUGCUGGAACAUCACCUUUUCCCAAUUUUACGGAAUCUAGCAUUUCAUUUUUCCUUUGGGAGAAGUUAAAAGUACUUUGCAGUGGAUCACUUGCACUGGAGAAGACAGAGGAAGUUACUGGACACUGUUGGGAUGGAGCCAUUGUUUUAAAAUCUAUGUGAAUAGUUCAGAGAGGGUUCUGAAUAAUGUCAAAGUUGUGUGUAGUUGUCAAGAAGUCAUUAAGAAAGCCUUUAACCCGUCACAGAUACAUUUGUUUUGUACCAGGUUGAGAAAUAAAUCUUCCUUUUCAGA